CAUGGGUUGGGUGUGUGGAAACCCGCAUGCUGAUGAUGCUGGUCCAUCGAGUACCUUCAAGUUCCUGGCAUUGAGAGGCCCUUGGCUCUACGUCUUCAGUAGUCCUCCUGUUAGUGCAACUGACUGGGGACAAGCUGAAACCCUGUAUAUCCUUUAUGAGGUUCUGUUCAAGGUUCAUAAGCUGUGGAUGGCAGAGGACUGCUGGAUCCAAGCCAAGUUCUACCUCGGCCUCCAGCAGGAUGAGGAGCUGCAGGACGGCGAGCCUUUCUGUUUCAGUAUCCUGGUCGGCCACGGCCAGAGUCACACCUUCAGUGUGGAGAUGACCUCUGACCUCGCCGUGUGGGAGAAGUCCUUCCAAAGAGCCGUCUUUAUGGAGGUGCAGAGAAUCGGGUCAAAGACCUACAUGUGCAGCAGCCAGGGUAAAGUACUGUGUUUGACUAUAGACUUUGGAUCUGGCUUCACUUGUUCCGAGAGCUCCUCGAAGACGAUAUUAUGGAGAUACAAAUUCUCUCAACUGAAAGGCUCCUCUGAUGAUGGGAAAACAAGGGUGAAACUCCUCUUCAAGAAUGCUGAAAACAAACAGAUAGAGAUGAAGGAGCUGGAGUUUUCCAAUCUGACGGCAGUCCUCCAUUGUAUUCAUUCUUUUAUCGCCUCCAAAGUGGCCUCUGUGGACCCUGUCUUUGUCAACAGUCAAAGCAUCUCUGGAAAAUACAUGAUUUAGACACUUCCUGGUGUUGUCAUGUACAGUUUAGUCACAUGAGCUAAUUGACUAUUUUAUGCACAUUCAAAUUAAAUUGAUAUGUAUAUCUUGUUCCUGUUAUUUUUGUAAGGCUCUUGUUAAAUAAUAAUAAGGAAAAUAUUUUAAAAAAACAUAUUUGACUUUGGAAGUAGGGGAUAUUUAUACUUGUAUUAAUUGGUUGUUAUUGACAUUACAGUAUGAAUAUGCUCAAAAUGACAGAUUUUUUUUUCCAUGUAGAAAAACACAUUCCUGAGUUGCAUGUUUCGUCACAAUAUUGUUUUGAGCGUUAGUUUUGAACUGAUGUCUGACUGAGCAUUUUACUCAAAGCCAAUGAGCGCUGAUGAAGAGUUCAUCAUAAAUGCAUUACAGUAGCUUGGAAAUUCAAAAAGGAGGCAAAUAAUUAGUAGGAAAACCUUUUGUCAUCAUUUUGACGUCACCAGAUUGGCUUUAGAUGCAGUGUAACGUUAGCUAGCUAGCUAAGAUUGAAGGAAGGCCACCAGAUUUUAGCUAGCUAACAUUACCAUUGCUUUUUUUUUUUUUUUUUACAAACUUUGAUAGCUAAUGACACCAUUGCCAUUUGUCUACAGUAAAUUUGACAACAUGAUAACUCUGGCAAUGUUUUUUCCUACUAAAUAUUUGAUUACUUUAGCAGCAGUCAUCAUAUUUCCAGGCACUGUAGUGUAAUUUAGACGAAACAGUAGUUAGCCUGGGCGUAUCACCACUUUGGAGCACCACUAUGGCGCCGCUGAUAGAGGACGGCUUGAGAAUGUUCAUGACAAUGGCAUGACGCGACCCGGUGAUGGCGGUACCACCUAUGAAUAGGGCCUACAAGUCACAAAGAGGGUUUCUAUGUUCUAGGUUCAUUGCAAAGUUUUGAAUUCAUGUGUAGGUGAACUUUUUUUUCUUCCAUAUUUGCAAAGUAAAAAGCAGAACAGUUUAUACUGUACAAAUCAAUACACAUGAAAACAUUUUGAAAUUAGUAUUCUACUGGGCUAUACUCUGUAGUUGAUUUAACUUAUUCCAUGACUUCAGAGCGUGGCUGUUACAUGAUUUUGGAAAAAGAGUGUCUGGAGAGUUUUGUGUUGAGGCGCACAAAUGCAGGGCUUGGUGGAGGCGUUCAUGACACCAGAGGGUGUUUUAGUUUAUGUAGACAGUCACUGCUAGUCACUGAUAUUCUCCCAUAACAAAGGGUUGUGUGGAAGGACACUUGGGGAAGAAGAUGCAGGCUUAUUGUAGCAAUGCUAUCUUACUGUAUCUGUCAGAUGACUAAAAUGCUAGUUUAUGGAAAUAAAUCAACAUGUAUGUUUUAAGUUUUGUAAUAUUUUACUUUAUGAGGCCAUGCAGUCUGACAGUCAUUACAAACGCUUACCAUCAUAUGCAUCUAUAUGUAUUUUCACCCAGCCUCUUUGGUUUUAUUUUCUAUUACUAAAUAAAUCCCAAAUCAUUCCUC